AUCAAACGGCAUUACGAUCAAAGGCAAAUUAGUAUUGUUAUUAUUAUUAUCUGAGCCAAUCUUUGCUGUUUUUUUUUUCUUUGUUUUUGUUUUUUUUAACGUAGUUGCUCCGACUUCGUAGCGGCUUUCGUGCAUCGCAGGCUUCGCCCCCCCCAAUGUCAGGCGGGGGUGGCCUUCCUCCACCUCCACCUCCACCUCCUCCUUCCUCCUCUUCUUGUUGUUCUCUCGCUCGCUCUCUCCCUGCCUCGGCCGCACAGCAGCAGCAGCAGCAGCAGCAGCAGCCCCGCCUCGCCGAGCAAGCGGGCAGCAGGCAGCAGGGAGAGCAGAGCAAUGCAAAGGGACGUAAGAUGGCAGAGCUGCAAAUGUUGUUAGAGGAGGAAAUCCCCGCCGGCAAACGAGCUCUCGUGGAGAGCUACCAGAACCUUUCUCGGGUGGCGGAAUACUGCGAGAACAACUACGUUCAGGCUCAAGACAAGAGGAAGGCCCUGGAGGAGACCAAGUCCUACACCACCCAGUCUCUGGCCAGCGUGGCUUACCAAAUCAAUGCCUUAGCCAACAAUGUGCUCCAGCUACUGGACAUUCAGACCUCGCAACUACGACGCAUGGAGUCCUCCAUCAACCACAUCUCCCAGACGGUGGAUAUUCACAAGGAGAAGGUGGCCCGUCGUGAGAUUGGCAUCCUGACCACCAAUAAAAACACCUCUCGCACCCAUAAGAUCAUCGCCCCGGGCAACAUGGAGCGGCCUGUGCGCUACAUUCGAAAACCAAUUGAUUACACACUGCUGGAUGAUGUGGGCCAUGGAGUAAAAUGGCUUAAAGCCAAGCAAAACGGGAACAAUGCCGCAGGACGAGGAGGAGGGACGCUGUCGAGGACCACUCCACCAACCCAGAAACCCCCGAGCCCCCCGAUGGCCGGCCGCGGUACCUUGGGGCGGAACACGCCCUACAAGACACUGGAGCCGGUCAAGCCUCCAGUGGUGCCCAACGACUACAUGACCAGCCCGGCCCGGCUGGGCGGCCAGCAGAGCCCCGCGCGCACGGCCUCGCUCAAUCAGAGGCCCCGGACGCACAGUGGCAGCAGCGGCGGGAGCGGUGGCAGGGAGAACAGCGGAAGCGGCGGAGUGGGUGUCCCCUUGGCGGUCCCGACACCUUCUCCUCCCGGUAUGGGCCAAGGUGAGUCCUUAGCGCAACCUUCCGGCUGUACGGCUGCUAUUCGUGCUCCCGCAGCGGCGACGUCUUGCGCCUCCGUGCCGCAAGGCCCCGGGCUGGGGCCCAUCCCCAUGUCCCAGUUUGGCACCAUCUCCCGGCAGAUCUCCCGUCACACCUCCUCCACCACCUCCUCGGCCUCCAUGGUGUCGGCCACGGGGACGUAUCGCCGCGCUCCCUCCGCAUCCUCUCAGCAGCCCCACAUUAACGGGGGUCCGACUUUCCUGCAAAACUCCGUGUCGGCCGCGCCUCCGCCUCCUCCGAUGGUCCAGCUGACACCGCAGAUCCCUCUGACCGGCUUUGUGGCCAGAAUGCAGGAGAGCAUAACAGACAGCCCAGCUCCACCGCCGCCGCCUCCGCCCGAGGACUUGGGCGUCUUCGAGGAGCCCUCGCCCCCGCCUCCUCCUCCGCCUGUCGACUAUGAAGAAGAGGAAGCCGCCGUUGUCCAUUACAGUGACCCCUAUGCUGAUGGAGAUCCCCACUGGGCCCCUAAAGUCUAUUUAGAGAAAGUCGUGGCCAUCUACGACUACAGCAAGGACAAGGAGGACGAGCUCUCCUUCAUGGAAGGAGCCAUCAUUUAUAUUAUCAAGAAGAACGACGACGGCUGGUUCGAAGGCGUCUGCAACGGCGUCACCGGACUCUUCCCGGGAAACUACGUCGAGUCCAUCAUGCACUACGCAGAUUAAGGGGGGGGGGGGCAAAACAGGCUCUGAGGUAAAACAGUGAAGAUGUACAGAUGGAGGAGGUUUUCCAGCUCUCAUCUCUCCGGUUCGAUGAAGUGUCGUGGCAAAGUCUUUGGAAGAUAUCAUUUCUGCUUGAUAGAAGCACAACGGCUGCUGAAGUUUUGUUAGUUUCCACCGUUGACGCGAAGGGAGGAGAUGAAAGCAUUGCGCACGGUGGCGGUCGGCGCCACUUUUGAUUCCAAACUUCAGCUCUUCGCCGCACGACAAAUGACAAGGCAGAAUAUUUGAAAGUGUUUGUGUUAAUAUGUUAGUGCAGCACAGCCAGUAUGUUAUUUGCAGUGUUAAAACAAAGUUCUUCCCCAAGGUGCUGCAUCACCGAGAAAAACAAAAGAACAUCUUAUCAUGGUGUUGCACUGAAGACCCUGCAGACUGGCCAAAUCCUAAAGCUUUUCCUUCUACUCCCAAAACAUCCAUUCUACCUUAUCAAAACUGGGAGGGGGCGAAGCAUCACUAAAUGCAUUUCACACACGACUGAAUGGCAAAACUGUUUCGUCGGAAUCAAGAAAUGUUAGAGGAAAGAAAGAAAGCUCACCUUUCAGGGAUCAAUGGGAUAUCACCUAAAACACGCAAAACGUUAUUGGGAGAAAAUCUGAAGUGGAAAAAAAAAAUCAUCCAUUUUGUCGUUGACUUUUAGGAGAGAGGCAGGAUGCGCACAGGACUGAUUGCCAGCCAAUCACAGGGCACAGAUUGACAACCAUUUGCAUUUUACAUUUAACCUAGCACACGUUUUGCCAAAGGGAGGAAAUCUAACUUCCCGGAUAAAAACCACAGAAAUGUAAAAAGCACAGAAAUGUCCCAGCCCAGAACCUUGCCAGGCAGAUGUGCCACUAAUGGGGGGGGGGGGGGGGGGAAUGUUUCACCGGGCACCAAAUCGUUUCAAAAAGUAUUUUUGAAUGUUUUAGAGGAUAUUUUUCAGAUCCCUCAAAAAAUGGUCAACUAGGUUUAUGUAGAAAUACAAAAAAACAACAGCUCCUUAUUCUGCUCUCUAACUUGUACAUAAAGUGUAACGUGAGAAGCUAACAGUACAGUAAAGUGCAUUCGUCUGUGUUUUUUUUUUUUCCCCCCCCCCCUUGUGGUGCCAAGAGUAGAUUAUCCGUUUUGUUGAUUUUUGACUUGAAUGUGCAUUGAGUGCCGUCGAACGUCGACGGUGGAAAGCGUCCUUCAUAUUGCUUCAUCAUCGCCGCCGCGUAAUAUUACUAACGUGCUGUCCAGCCACUGUAGCAAAGUUGUGUCUUGUCUUGAAGUAUGUGAAGGAGUCAAGUGUGUGUGAGUGAGAUCACCACGUGUGUUGCAUCUUCCACGAGCUACUUGUUGCCUGCUGGUUGAAUGUUUGCUGCUGUGGUGCUUUACAUCGGUGCUUAACAGUAAUCAUCAAGCCAAACGACCUCAAAAAUCUGAAGAGAAAUGGAACAAGUUCAACAAGCCUUGCCUUUUUUUUUUUUUUUUUUUUUUUUUCCUCUCUCUCCAGGGGGUGAACACUCAACCAUUUUGAUUGUAAUCUUCUCUCCAUUGUCGCGAAUGACACAAACUACACAUUGCGUGGACAAAGGUUUUUGGGACACCCUUUUCCAAACUAUUCCCACCCACUUGGAUGUGUCUAAUUCACUGAGACGUUUGUCUUUGCCGUGUCACGAGCUGCGCAAAAAAAAAAAAAAAAAAAAAAAUCCCCAACGCAUCACAUAACAUAAGGUCUCUUUGCAUAGUUGCUGCGAUUCAAAACAAACAGAAAUGCCUGAGCUAACUUGCUUGCAGUGCUGAGCAAUGAGGAACAGAGUUGCCUUUCAUCAAUAUGAUUACCUAUGACAUACUAUACUACAAAAUACUCACACAAAUGUGGACCUUUGAUUUCAAAUAAGAUUUGCACAUCUGUGUGUAAAAAAAAAAAAAAAGGAACACAGUGACCCUUUGCAAAGCUGGAUUAUGCUUUAAUAUAUAUAUAUAUAUAUAUAUAUAUAGUCACGGGGUUUCAACCUCCAGUGAGUCUAAUCAUCAUCAGAAUUCUGAAAAACAUUCUAAUUCUGGAUAAAAAUGUUACUUUUCAAGGGGGUGAGGGGCUUAAUUGUGAACUUUUAUUCAUAAAAUGAGCAAAAGUGGAAUGCCUUUUGUUAUGAAAAAACAACAAGAAAAUGCUGCCAAUUCAGUAUUCAUUCAUUCACAUGCAUGCAUGAAGGUUUCUAAACAUUGACACUGAUGCAUCCCAUUCAUGAUUGUAUUUUUCCAUCAUGCGGUGACUUGUGUGAGGGGGAAAAAAAACCCAACAACUUUUCUAUCUUUGUCUUUCUAGCUUUGCAUUCCACUUGUUUUGACGUCCGCUGUAUGUUUUUGAGCAGCGGACAAAGGUUUGCUCACACUUUGUAUGUAAAGGAUUUAUUUAUACUUUUUCAUAGAGAAAUCAUGGGACAACCACUAAUGUGCAGAACUUUGUAAUGUUGAUCAUCUAACAUCAUCAUCAGGUCCAGAUGGCGAUUUUUCAUUUUAUUUAUUUGUGUGUGUCUUUCGUAUGAUGGGGGGAAAGUGGCAACUUUCGUGUUCAUGAGAACUGAAUAUUUGUCUUCUCUCAUUUUGUACAUAGGAUGUGUUCAUUGAAAUUCGUGUACAGUCUUUUUGUAAUAAAUAGCUGACUGCAAGACGAUGUUAA